AUGUCAGGUAUAAACAAGGAGUCACAGUCCCGUGUCGGUCGGGAGAAUCAAGCUUAUGCCUCUAAUGGCUCACGUCUUGUUGCUGGUGGUGUAAUCUUAUCCGCGGAUCAUGAACGUGUGUUGAUGAUCUCUUCCACUGAUAAGCGUAGAUGGAUCAUUCCAAAAGGGGGAGUGGAGUUAGAUGAGGUUGAAGAUUAUAGCAAAGCGGCCAUCAGGGAAACUUGGGAAGAAGCUGGUGUCGACGGUAGAGUUGCAAAAUACCUUGGAAAAAUCAAUGAUCAUCGAAUGAUUAAAACUCUGGGAUGUGAAGGCAACUCCAAAUCUUUUCCCCCCUUAGCAUCAUCCGUAGAGUAUGCGGACCCUAAUAAUUUCAUCACCAAAGAUGGCACUAAGCUUGUUCCAAGGAGUGAGUAUCACUUUUAUGAAAUGGCUCUUGUUAAGAUCUACACAGAAUGGCCAGAGAAACAUAAAAGAGAUCGUCACUGGUUCGACUACGCUACUGCAAAAAGAGAGCUUGAGAAGAAUGAUGGGCUGGAAUUGCUUGAAGCAUUAGAAAAAAGUUCAAUCGUGAAAGAUUGA